AAUCCUGCCACAAGGACACUGGAUUCACUUUGCCCCAGCACGGCACUGAUACUGAGGAGUUGAAACCCCAGCUCCAGCUUCUGCUUUCUCACUUUGGUAUUGACUAUAACCUUAAGGAUCUCAAGAACUCAGCUGAUGAGAUGGAGCUCUUUUCCCUGAUUAAGCCUAAAGUAGAUCCCUGGCAGCAAAAGCUUUUGAUAAAACUGAAACAGUGGAAAAAAGUGGAUAAGCUGAUGGACCUUCAUUCAAAAUUUGUAGAGGUCCAUAGUGCUCAGUUCAUGUAGUUUGCAGAGGUGGAAAACCAUGACAGCUUUCACACUAGUGAAGACGGAUGUAUUCACACACAGGACCAGCGAGGGGGUUACAUAGUAUAUGAUGUGGCUUUAGAGGACCUGAAGGAGCUUGAGAACCAGCUGCUGCUUGUGGCCAGCCAGUACAUUGAGAAAGAUAAAAGUAAGAUAUCUACAGGUCCAAACCACCUCAACAUCCUUGGCUGAGCAUAUGCUACUGUGGAUCGAUUUGCUCUGCUGCUUGACCUCUGGAUCUGUGAAAGUGCUCUCUUGGAAAAAUAAUGCCAGCUUCUAGAUGUUUACUUUGAAGCUUACCAACAUGCUUUGGACCCACAGGAAAGAUUUGCUUUGUCCCAAGUAAUAGUUGACAUCAUGCGUAAACAUCCACGGUUUGAUCUCAAGUGUGAAUAUUUUGUCAGCACCUACAAAGAUGAAUGCAUCUGUUUACAACUUCACCUCCAACUGCUGAGGGACAUAGUAAACCAACAAAUAGAUGCCCAGAGUGAAUAUGUUCACAAGAUUUGGCGGGAAAAUCAGAGUGGUGGCAUCGAUGAAUUUAGACUUCCUUAUAAUGUAAUUACUAAGAAGCUUAUCUCUCUUAACACUAGCCGUCCUACUUUGAAGAACAUUUAUUUGCUGGAGUUUCACCCUUCUCUUGGUCUGGUGUGCUUGAUCCUCCAAGCUCUUGAGUAUAUCUACCAGGAAUUCUACAGCAUCUGCAGACCAAAAACAGCAAGUAAAGCAAAUAAUCUAGAAAAACAAGUACUUCAGCUAGUAGUUGAGCAGCUAACUAUAGAAAAACCAGAAACUUUUUACAGCUCUCAGAUUCAAAGAGAUAAGCUGCAGAUGAGACAAAGGCACACAAGCAGGCAAUGUUUAGAAAGACGAAAUAGGGAAGAUGCUAUUAUCCUUGUAGCAGCUCUGAAGAAACACAUAAAGACGGGUUGUCCUGUCCCACCCACCCAGAGUCACAGAAUUAUAAAAGCAUAUUGUAAAGUACUGGGUGGGAACAGAGGAAGAAAAAAGUCAUGCAGAGAAAACCAGUUCUUUAUCCUGGAUUCCUUCUCCAUGCUUCUGGAGCUUGCCACGCUCCGCCAUCGGCUGAUAGGGGUGGCAACAGAGAGUGUGCAGUUAGCCAGGUUAUAUAAGGCUUUUGUAAUGGAAGCAGGUUUUGGGGAGUUCUAUUUGUACCUGAGUUCUGUGCUCUUCGAAUCUGCAUCUCACAGGGAGAAAGCAGAUCACCUCUCACCAAUAUUCGUUACAUCUCUCCUGGAAGAUGGCAGCUGUGUAGACAGAUAUAUUCCAUCUAGCUCACCAUUAAGCAUCCAAGAAAUUAACAGUCAUAUUGGAAAAUUUAGUUUCCGUACAAGAGAUGGUGUUAUGCAGCUCUUGUGUCCAUCUGGAAUAAGGAACAUGCAACUUAGCCUGGCCUGUCAGGUCAUUCAGAAAAAUGCUCUUUUGGCAGCUGUUCAGCAAUCCUCCUUCUGUUACUUGGUCCAGCCUCCCCAUAUCCUGGACAUUAAG